GUAUAAUAUGAAACAGGAAGAAAAUAAAUUUAUACGUAUGGAAAACAUGCCUAUUUUAAGUCGAAGUUAUUCAAAUUUCUAACAUCGGCCAUUGAUUAGCAGCGAAAAAACAAGAUAGAGAAUGGAUGUACCAUUUAAAAACACAAAAAAGGUUUAUAUAAAAAAUACACAUGCAAGUAAAACCGAAAGAAACCAGAAAAUAAAACGAAAGUUUAUCACAAGCGAAAGUAGCGAUACCAGCAAAGUCAACGAUGACAGAUCAGACACUCCAUCCAGCAGAAAACGAAAAAAGGUAAAGACAGAUGACAAGGAAAGGGAAGAUUAUCUACCUAAAAGGACACAGAAAAAUGAUGUCAAAUUUGACGAUACUAAGAUUCAACCUUUCUUGACGGCGAAUAACAAAAGGCCAAUAAGAUAUGCUGCUAUUGCUGGUAGCGAUCAUAUUAUUCUAAGUACAAUCAUUAAAACACAACCAAAAAUUGAAAGUCCACCACCUGCACCACCUCCACCACCUAGUGACACGUGACAAUUAGAGACAGGAACCACCUGCUUACAUUACCAGUUUUUAUAAGUAAAAUAAAGGAUCAUACUCUUUGUUGAGAAUUUAGUGUUUAUCAAAUAUAAGUGGAUUGUAUAAUCAUUAUGAUGGUCAAAGCAUUUAUAAUGCAGUCAAAAUAAUUUUAUGUUUGAUGAAUUUGUUUUACAAAUUCCCCUUAAUGUGAAUAUGAUGUUACAAAAGCAUUGAAUUGUUCACAUCAUAUUAACAAUUUUCUGAAUUGCCUAUGAGCAGACAAUAAAUUCUUUAGA